AAAAAAAAAACAGUUUCUUCCAUCUUCUUCUUCCUCCUGCCGCCGACGGGAUCCAGGGUUCGCCCGGCCGGCGCGAACUCAAUAAAGAAAUCCGCCCUCACGUCGCUCGCUUCCUCGGGGCCUGAGCUGCUUGCCGCUCCUCCAUUAGAAAAACUAGGGAAAAAGCUCCAUUGCCGAAAAGCCGCAGGCGUUAGGUGGUGCGUGGUGGUGGUGGUGCGCGCUAGUCAAAGACGAGGGGAGGAGGCCGGUCAGGGAACAAUCCACAUCCAUCCACCCACCAACCUGCUCCCCCCUCCUCUUCUUCCUCCCCCAUAUCCCUAGUCCCCUCCCCCAUUCUCGCCGCGCCGCAGCACGCCAACCAGAGGGGGAGUUCUUGCUUGAUCCCCGGUCGAUUCCCGUGGUCCAUAAUUUUCGGGAGAGAUGUGCCCGCUGAGGGUGAUUCUCAUCUUCCUCUCCGCCACCAUCGCCGGCUUCUUCCUCCUCCGGAACCUCAACGCCGAACCGGACCUGUUCCAGGACGACGACGCCACCGCUGCCGCGGGGGACGACGGCGAGGAGUCGCCCAGGGACGCCGCGCCGCUCCAUUACAAGGUUGCAUCCGCUGCGAAGACAGGAUUCUGGACGAUGGUGGACAUGGCAAGUGGGCGGUACCUUUGGAGGACCCUUGUCGCAUCACCGGCGAAAUCUGAAUCAGAGAAGGCCCGGUGACGAAACAACAUCAUCUAUUUCAAAUUCGUGUAAUUGGAGUGCCCAGAAUGGGGUAAAUUUGCAUGAUAUAUGUUGUAGUUACAUCUUGCGUGUAAUGAGGCGGCAGUUGUAAACACGGGGGAUAUAUGUUGAAGUAGAUGUGCAAAAUUGAUCAUGUGUGAACCUUGUGUCAUAUACGUGUAAGAUGGGGCAUUGCUUGGCAGCCCCUGGGAGUAUGGUGUGUGUGGGUUUCAAACUAAAUUUGCAUGUUUUAAAUUUU